AGGCCCGGCUCCCCGCUCAGAGGCGCUCCACUCGCUCCUGCCCGGCUCCUGGGCCUCAGCCUCUCCCGUCGGACGGCCGGCCGCCAUGCAGCCCGCGCUGCCCCUGCUGCUGCCGCUGCUGCUGCUCGCGGCGCCCGCCCGGGCCCAGCCGCCCGCCGGCUGCCCCGCGCGCUGCGAGCCCGCCCGCUGCGCCGAGCCCGGGCCCUGCCCGGCCGGCCCGGUGCCCGACGCCUGCGGCUGCUGCGAGGUGUGCGGGGCGGCCGAGGGCGCCGAGUGCGGGGCGCAGGGGGCGCCGUGCGGCGAGGGGCUGCGCUGCGUGGUGCCCCGCGGGGUGCCCGCCUCGGCCACCGUGCGGCGGCGCGCGGCGCCCGGGCUGUGCGAGUGCGCGCGCCCCGAGCCCGUGUGCGGCAGCGACGCCGUCACCUACGCCUCCGAGUGCCAGCUGCGCGCCGCCGCCCGCCGCGCCCAGAGCCUGCAGCGCCCGCCCGUGCUCCUGCUGCAGCGCGGAGCCUGCGGCCCAGGGCAGGACGACCCCAACAGUCUGCGCCACAAAUACAACUUCAUCGCCGACGUCGUGGAGAAGAUCGCGCCCGCCGUGGUGCACAUCGAGCUGUUCCGCAAGCUGCCCUUCUCCAAGCGGGAGGUGCCGGUGGCCAGCGGCUCGGGCUUCAUCGUGUCGGAGGACGGGCUCAUCGUGACCAACGCCCACGUGGUGACCAACAAGCACCGGGUGAAGGUGGAGCUGAAGGACGGCGCCACCUACGAGGCCAAGAUCAAGGACGUGGACGAGAAGGCCGACAUCGCACUCAUCAAGGUGGACCAUGAGGGGAAGCUGCCGGUGCUGCUGCUGGGCCGGUCCGGGGAGCUGCGGCCCGGCGAGUUUGUGGUGGCCAUCGGCAGCCCCUUCUCGCUGCAGAACACGGUCACCACCGGCAUCGUCAGCACCACACAGCGCGGCGGCAAGGAGCUGGGGCUGCGCAACUCCGACAUGGACUACAUCCAGACAGACGCCAUCAUCAACUAUGGAAACUCGGGCGGCCCCCUGGUCAACCUGGACGGCGAGGUGAUCGGCAUCAACACGCUGAAGGUGACGGCCGGCAUCGCCUUUGCCAUCCCGUCCGAUAAGAUCAAGAAGUUCCUCACUGAGUCGCACGACCGGCAGGCCCGGGGCAAAGCCGUCACCAAGAAGAAGUACAUCGGCAUCCGGAUGCUGUCACUCACGGCCAGCAGCAAGGCCAAGGAGCUGCGGGACCACCACCGAGACUUCCCGGACGCGCUCUCGGGGGCCUACAUCAUCGAGGUCCUCCCCGACACGCCCGCCGAAGCCGGUGGCCUCAAGGAGCAGGAUGUCAUCAUCAGCAUCAACGGGCAGCCCGUGGCCUCGGCCGGAGACGUGAGCGACCUGAUCCGGAAGGAGGGCACCCUGCACAUGGUGGUUCGCCGCGGCAACGAGGACGUCAUGCUCACCGUGGUGCCUGAGGAGCUGGACCCCUAGCCGGGGCGGGGCCGCUCCCCACAGACCCUCCCCCUGAGGCCGGGCCGGGCCGCCCCGCUGCUGGCCGGGCCGGGACACGGCGGCCGCGCCUCCUGGGUGUCUGCAGGCCGCACCGCCCGCGAGGGCCCGCCUCCCGCCGCGCCCUCGCUCUGCCCUUGGACCGCUCCCGCCUUGAGGUCCCAGGCGUUGCCUCUUUGCACGCUCAGCGUCCUGGUGCCUGGAAGACUGUCAUGGCGGCGUGGACAGGAGGUUGGCCGGAAGCCGUGUGGCACCUGGCGUGUGUGCUGUCCCCGUGCUCCACGCCGGCCCCGGAGGAGCGGCCGGGACCGCGGGCGGGUGGCCGUGGCCGUGGCUCUGGGAGCAGCGCCCAGGAACGGGACCGGCGUGGCCGACGCAGCUAUUAAAGCUCCUCUUCCUGCUCUG